GUCACGUUAGAAAAAAACCUUCUCGGUCCCUCACAUGGUUUUGUUUCUUCUCUAUUCAAGUUUUCUUAAACUUUAAUUCCUUUUUUUUUUUUGUGAGAGUGUGUGUGUGCGUGUGUAUUGUUCGAAGUGCUUCCAUUUUUCCUGCGUUGCUGAUGUUUCUUCCUGGACGCGUUUUUAUUGCACAUUGAUAGGAAGAAAUUGCCGAUUGUUUUCUCCCCAACGAUGGACGAUUUAUUACACCGGUUGCGUCACGACAUGGUAGAAUUAUCAUCGCAAGGAGACAAUUUCACGCAACAAAUAUGGUUAAUGUACGGACAAUUUGAGCAAGUGGUGGACCGUUUCAACAGCCCCGUUGAAGAAGUGAUCCGGCCGCAACGUCACACGGCCAGACGUCGCGUCACGCGCCAUAUCCAUCCGACGACGAUGAGCAAGAGCGGAGAACGUCAUCGCGUCGCCGCACGACGUUCGUCCAGUUUCGUCAGUGACUCUGAAUCGGACAGUGAGUUGGAAGUGCCCAAGAUGAGCGGACUGGCCCGUCAGGGCGUGUACGGAAGUCGUUCGGCCAGCAGUCGCUUGGGAUUGAACCCGCUCCUGGAAACGAUCAGCGUCAUUGGCGAUUUGUGCGACUCUGACGACGCCGUCGACGGCCCAACGUCGAGCGCCACGCUCUACGCCGGAUCGAACUCGGUCGAUUCGGGAUACAAGAGUGCGUGCCCGACGCCCGAUUGCUUGAUGCCGGCGCACGACGCCAACAAUUACAUCAGCGCCAGGUCCGCAUUACCUCCGCCCGUCCUGCCUAAAUCGCGGCGGACGCUGCCCGCCGUCCCGAUGGCGGCGGCCGCCGCUCACCUUCGCUCCUCGGCGCCGGACACGCCGCUCGAUUUGGAUCAUUUGACGUCGCUGCGUCGCACCUUGUUGACGGCCAUCGAACGCUACGACACGAAGACUAAAGAGCUUAUCGAUCGCGAUUUGCCCAGCAAAUCGAUCGAUCAACAUCAGCUGCAAUCAGCCUCGCCCGGCAAACCGGAAUGCGAUCGCCAGCCGGACGACGACACGGAUCGAGGGUGUUGCAAAUUGCCUAAAGGUGAACUGAAGGAGCCGGACGAUGAACAAGACGGAGCCACCCGUUUCUCGCGGGUAGCGCAUUGCAUGCUGGAAAUCAUUGAGGAUCUUCAGCGCCACCAGCAACAGCAACAACAGCAAGAAGAAUGUGGCGUGGCAGACGCGCCGGCCGUUAUGGCCGAUGGGCCCGUAGUGCCACCGAAACCCAGUCGCAUUUCGACGGCGGCUCCGGCCACGCCGCCACGGGUGGCGCGUCGAGGACGUCGCAAGUUGCCCACGCCGACGCAGCAAUUGAUUGCGAACGAUGGGGCCGAUGCGGCCAGCGAUUUGAACGGCGCCGAUUAUCAUUUGUACGAGGAGAUCAUCUACGAUUUAGCUGGUUCGAAUUUGGCGCUCAAUUCGAACGAGAAACAUUCGAACGUUUCGUGCCCGCCACCUCUGCCGGCCAGGCCGGCUCGACCUGCGCCCACGGUGGGCUCUUGUCUGAGCAGCAGCGUCGUCAAGCCGUGGUUGAACGUCAUCAAACCGCUGCGUAGAGACCGGAAUAAUCAGCUGAUUCGCAACAGCACGUCGUCGACGAGUCACUGCUGGACGUCUAAAAUGGCCAACAAACUCGGCCAUCACACGGACGUUGCCCGUUCCAAUGUGUACACGUUCGCCAGCCAUCCGCAGCACACACCUCAACAGCAGACGGCUGGCUGUCAUAAUAAUUCUGCUAUUAUUAAUCCGUUUCAUCCGUUGCCCGGCCGCAACGCCAACGUCCAUCACCACCACCACGAAGACGAGUACGGAUUCCGGGCCGUCUCGCACAUGGUCUAGAUUUCUUUUUUUUUUUUUUUUUCUUUCUUU